AUGCGUCCCUUCAGCCUGCUCAGGUCGCUUGUCGGCUACCUCGGCCUCGCUGGCUCUGCCAUUGUCUUCAGCAACCCCAUCCGCGCCCCUGGCGGUGCUGACCCUCAUGGGCUCAAGACCGCCACAGCGCGCGUCAUCUACACGGACAGCAACCCGUCGCGCUGCCGCAACGUCUGGGCUCCGGAGCUCCAUCAUCUCAGUGGUCGCUGGUACUUCGACGGCACUAAUGUGCGCUUCAACGGCCUCGGUAACUACUUCUUCUACUCGGGUAUAACCGGUGUGCCCCACCAGUCCGCUUGCGUCCACCGCCUCGGCACCGACAGCAUCGAGGUCCCCGUGCGGGAGGGUCAGGACGCUCCCUACAUUGGCGGUAAGACGUACGUGGCCUACUCGGCUAACUGUUACUAG